AUGGCUCAACUUGAAAAUGAAUUUCGAGUCAUCUUAAUCAGCCUCACCAGUUCAACUGGUACCAAUCCGAGUAAGUCUUCCACAUUUUCGAGUUCUAUAACUGAUGGUACUCUUAGCUAUGGUGAUUACCAUUAUGAUUGUAUAGAGUUGAAUCAAAAGAAAAAGGAUGACCUCCGCAAUAUUGCUAGGAGAAUGAAAUCAACCAAAUGUCUAGAUAAGUGCGUCGAGGUGUAUAAGAGUGUAAGGAAGACUUUCCUCCGUAAGAGUUGUCGAAAAUUGGGCAUGCAGAAUACAAGUAUCAAUGACAUCCGUAGUUUGGAUUGGGAAGAGUUGGAGGCGAAGAUCAAACAGUGGAUACUUGUUGCUAAGAUUUGUGGUAGAGUUCUCUUUGCCAGUGAGAAGACACUCUGUCAGCAAAUUUUUGGAGAUCUUGGAAGUGCCAUAGAUGAUGCCUGUUUCUUGGAAGUGGUUAAAGAUACGGUAACUCAAUUACUUACCUCUGGUAAAACCAUAAGCACAUGCACAAGCAGCCCAUCACGGCGCCCAGAGAAGUUGUUCAAAAUUUUAGGCUUCCACAAAUCGGUGUCAGAACUAUCAGAUGAUUUCAACAGAAUUUUUCAAUCCAAAUCAUCUAAAUCGAUCCGAAUUCAGGCUGCUGAGUUGCUGAUGCAGCUUACUCGGGCUCCAAGAGAUAUUCUACUGCAAUUUGAAACUACCGUGCUUCAUGAGCAGUCGAGUUUUCUGGAUAACAGCGGUAGCAUUAACGGCUUGACAAGGUAUGUUAUGAGGUAUAUUGCUCAGUUAAUUUGCUAUGAGGGAAAGCUAAAUAAAUUGACUAUAUCAAAGCCUGCAAAGCUGAUAGUUCAGAGUGCUGUGACAAUUCCUGAUAUGGGUUUUUCCAAACUUGAUGAGCGCACUCCACUGGCGGUCCAUUUGAUUUGGAUAAUAGAAAUUUUACAAUUCAAAUUGGAGGCCAAGUCCAAGUGCUUAGUGAAUGCCUCUUUGGCUCAAUUAUUCAUGAUGAACAAUGUUCACUACAUUGUUCAAACAAUUGAAGAGUGCUCGAAAUUGCAAGAAAUGGUUGGGAACAAUUACUUGGAGACGCUAACCAAAAAUGUGCAGAGGGCUGUGAUUGGUUAUCAGAGAUCAACUUGGGACAGGAUCUUCCAUUGCUUUAGAGAUGAAGGAUUAUAUCCGAGUGGGAGUUCAUCUUCUAGGGUAUCGAAGAGAGUGUUGAAAGAGAGGUUAAAGACCUUCAAUGCUAUGUUUGAAGAGGUAUAUCAGACCCAAGCAUCAUGGUUAGUACCAGACAUGAAUCUUCGAGAGGAGCUUCGCAUUUCCAUAUCAGAGUACUUAAUUCCGGCCUACAUUUCCUUUCUCGAGCUCUUCCAGAGUCAUAUAAGAAGUGGCAGUCACCAAGAGGAAUAUAUUAAGUACUCGGUUGAGGAUCUUGGGGCUGCGAUCUCGAAAUUCUUCAAGGGAAUCAUAGUACACUAG